AAAGUAGUUUGAAAAAGCAGUGCGCACCGUUCUUUCAGUUGAUACUGUAAAGUUUAGAAAAUUUCAUACCGAAUGACGGAUUUUUAAAUCGAUAAAAUUUAUACCUAUGCGAAAAAUUAUGAAAGUUUUACACGAUGAAUAAGGAAACUGUUUACAUUUUCAAUUACCCGAUUGUGUAUUAAAUUACAUCAUUUCAUACAUACUACUAAAUAUUAAGUUCCUUUUUUUCUUUCCUAUUUUAAAAAUUAAAUUAUUGAAAAUAAUUUAAAGAAAAUUGCAUUGUGCAAGUAUAUAUAAGUAUUAGCUAUCAGUAUGCAUCUUGUUACAAAUAUAACCUCAAAAAUCUUAUUCCGCAACUGUUUAAGGCAGAUUUCUCAGCACUUUCAAGGAUGUUUAAGAAACAACCAUUUAGCUGCAAAUGAUUGCCUUGGAACUACUAAUGUUAAAGAAUUAUGUAUACCCACACCAUAUGGGAAGAUUGCUGCCAAGGCAUGGGGAGCAGAAACAGGAAAGCCCGUCUUAGCAUUUCACGGAUGGUUAGACAACUGUGGAACGUUUGAUAAACUUUUUCCUUUACUUAGUAAAAAACUUUACAUUGUUGCCGUUGAUGCUCCUGGUUGUGGUUUAUCGUCCCACAAACCACUAGGUUGUUUAUACUCAGAUAUUGAUACAAUUCUUGAAUACAAAAGGGUAGUAGAGUUUUUAGGGUGGGAGAAAUUCAGUAUUUUGGGGCAUAGUUUAGGUGGGGCCAUGGGUUUGUUUUUCACUUCGAUGCAUUCAGAGAUAGUGGAAAAAGUUGUAGCUCUUGAUAUCGCUAAAGUUUUAUCAGUGCCUCUCGGAGUUUUUCCUGGCAUUAUUGCUAAAUCGAUUAAUGAUUAUAUAAAGCAAGAAAAAAAAUUAUCUAAUUUACCUCCUGUCUAUACCCCUGAAUCAGCAAUCGAAAGGUUGUUAGACGGAAUGCAUGGUGAAAUCACUCGGGAAGGAGCAGAAAUCUUGCUAAAACGUGGGAGUCGUCCAUCUGAUUGUGGAAAAGGAGUAAUUUUUACAAGAGAUCUUAGAUGUCGGCCUGUUGAGUAUUUAAAUGUUAAAAAUCAUGAAUUGAUGUUUCAGUAUAUAAAAGCUAUUCGGUCUGAAAUGUUGUUAAUUAUGGCAACUAAUCCACAUCCUAACUACAUUAGUAAUUCACCAGAGAUGAGAGAAAUGGCUUAUGAAAUUUACAGAAAAAAUUCAAAGAGAUUUGUUUUGGAACAUGUAGAGGGAAAUCAUUUUGUUCAUUUAAACAAUCCUGAAAGAGUAGCUCCAUUGGUUAAUAAAUUUUUAGCUGACUGACAAAGAUAAAAAAAAAAUAAAAAAUUAGAAUCUAAAUAUGUUAGUGUUAAAAAAUUGUCACAAAGGGACUUACAAGAGUCAAGCCAUUGUUUUGUUUUAUGGAUCUGUAAUUUUUUCAAACUGUUGUAGCACAAACUACCUAAUUAUAUCAGGUUAAGGGUUUUCACUGCAUGUCUUGUUGGCAACUAGUGACCCACUGAACUAUCUUAUUGAGUUUUAAAAAAGCUGUAAAAAGACAAUUAUUUCAGAUAGCUAGUAGCAGAACAUUCAUAGCUGAUGCUUAAUUAAUAGAUUAAUGAAUUAGUCUGUUUUAAAAUGACCUAAGUAAUAUUGGUCAUUAAACAAACUCGUGAAAGAAGUCAAAAUCCAGUACAAUAAUAGGUUUAAUAAUUCAAUAUUUCGACGAUACUUAAAAAGUUGCUGCUGAAAAUAUUUUACGUCAUAUCAAUGUUAAAUUGAAUAAUCGAAAAUCAUAUAAAACUUCACAUUAAGACUUAAAAUUGCAUUCAUCCCUUUUUUAAUGUUAUUUUAAAAAUUUUUGCAUUGUGAAGGCAUCAAUGUGUGUUCUGCAUUCUGUAAGUCAGUACAACCAUUUUUU